AUGAAGGUUUCCGCUACCCUCGCUGCUGGUGCCCUCGCCCUCGGCGUUGAGGCCAAGAACUACCUCGGUUUUAACUCUGGUGCCACCCUCGCCAACCGUGCCGCCAAGUUCAAGGCCGAUUUCCAGGCUGAGUUCGAGACUGCUCAGAACUUGAAGAGCGCUCCCGGCGACUUCAGCGCCGUCCGACUCUACACCAACAUCCAAGCCUACUCCGAGGAUGACCCCAUUGAGGCUUUCGAGGCUGCCAUCGACACCAAGACCGAGAUCCUCCUCGGUGUCUGGACUUCCGGCACUGACAACAUCGACAAGGAGAUCAGCGCCCUCAAGAAGGCUGUCGACAAGUACGGCUCCAAGCUGACCGACCUCGUCAUCGGAGUCUCUGUUGGUAGCGAGGAUCUCUACCGUAACUCGGUUACUGGCGUGAAGAACAAGGGUGGUGUCGGUGUUCAGCCCGAUGUCCUCGUUGACUUCAUCAACGACUUCAAGAAGGCUUUCAAGGGCACCCCCAUUGGCAAGAUCCCUGUCGGCCACGUCGACACCUGGGACGUCUGGGGCAACGCUACCAACAAGGCCGUCCUCGACGCCAUCGAUUUCAUCGGUGUGGAUGAGUACCCCUACUAUGAGAACGACAAGGGCAACAGCAUCGACAACGCUGCCAAGCUCUUCAACAAGGCGUACGAGGCCACCAUCGCCGCCUCCAAUGGCAAGCCUGUCUGGGUCACUGAGACUGGCUGGCCCUACAAGGGUCCUGACUGGGAUGAGGCUGUUCCUAGUGUGAAGAACGCUCAGAAGUACUGGCGCGACGUUGGCUGCAAGUACCUCUUCAACAAGACCCCCACUUUCUGGUACACUCUCCGCGACUCCAACCCCGACAACAAGAUGAAGUUCGCCAUCACUGAUAACCUCUCCACCACUCCUCUCUUCGAUCUCUCUUGCGACAAGGUUGACGACGAUGAGGAGACCACUAGCUCUGCCGUCCACUCCAAGACCAAGACCGAGUCCGGUGCUUCCACAGCCACUCACGCUUCUAACUCCACUGCUACCUUCAUCACCUCUACUGCCUCUGCUACUAGCGGCUCCAGCGAUGAUGAUGAGGAAUCCACUGGCACUGCCACCGCUACUGGCUCUGGUUCUAAGCCUACCUCUGGCUCUGGAUCCGGCUCCGGUUCUGGUUCUGAGGGUUCUGGAUCCAGCUCUGGCUCCGGUUCUGAGUCUGGUUCCGGCUCCGGCUCCGGCUCCGGCUCCGAGUCUGGCUCUGCCCCUGCUGAGACUCCCAGCACCAUCACCAACGGUGCUGCUUCUCUCGGCGUCUCCACUGCCGCCCUUGCCUUCCUUGCCCUGUUUGCUCUGUAA